AUUACUAUAGUAUUAUUAGAACUAAGUACGUUAAGCCUGCUUGAGUCUUUGGACCUGUUUGGUUCUCAGGUUUUGUUCAGUUUAUCGAGUUAAAUAGAAGUGUUACGUGAUAUGUAGUAUGAAUACUGCAAAAGUAUCAAAUAGUUAUUUAUUAUUAAUUUAGGUUGAUCUGUUUAGAAUUCAUCGACGAAAUUAUAUCGUGCUAUUAAGAAAAAGUAUUGUUAGCUACCAUGCGCCUGUUUGGUAUCCUACAGUCUUUGUCUCGCCUUCCAAAAGAUUAUUCAAACUUUCCUAAGCAAUAUGUUGAACGGGCAAUGGAACAAGUUGGUUGGAGGACUCCUAAAGGUCCGCAGUAUUUAAGGAAGGAAAUAAAGAAGAAAAAAUUUCGUUAUAAUAUGUCAAGACCCUGGACAGAAGAAUUUAGGAAAGCAAAUGAACCUGGAACACAUAGGAAAAAGAUAUUUCUUGAACCAGUUAAAGAAUGGUCAUUUUUCCGCGGAGAUCGGGUGGAAGUUAUGGUUGGAAAAGACAAAGGAAAACAAGGAAUAGUCAACUAUAUUGUUAAAGAACGAAACUGGGUUGUAGUGGAAGGACUUAAUUGUCAUUACAGGUUCAUUGGUAAACAGAAAAAUUCUCCAGGUGUGUUAGUGCAGAGCGAAGGGCCUUUACUGGUGACUGGUCAGGUGUCCCUUGUAGACCCCUCAGACAAUAAACCAUCUGAGGUAGAGUGGAGGUACACUGAUGAAGGUGAGAAGGUGCGUGUGUCUGUACGAACUGGACGCAUAAUUCCUAUACCUAAGAUGGCGGAAGAAACUCAUGAUUAUAAAGAGAGGUCUUUUUAUUUAGAACAACCCAAAGACACAAAGUCAGAAGAGAUAAGCAAAAUUACAUUUGAGCCAAAACUAAUGACAUUUGAACAAGACAUCAUGAAUCACCUUGGCAUCAAAGAAGAACGACAGCCUCACAGAACCUACUGGUAUUAAUUUUUUGCUCAUCAGAGUAUAUGUAGUAUUUGGCAAAAUGAUCAAUAAAAUACUGAAGUCCGUGUUAGUAAUAUUGUGUUUUGGAAAAUUGAAUUGAAUUUAUAGCCUCUUUGAAACUAUUGUGGCAAAAAUGUUAAAUAAACUGUUACCUGGAGUAU